GCCAGGUUGAUAGAUGGGAGUGCAGUUCUAAAUCCCAGCCGUCAUAGUUUGACUAGUGUGUCGGGGAUGUUUUAGCCUAGUGGUUAAAGUGUUUGACUACCAAUCGGAAAGUUGUGAGCUCAAAUCCCAGGUCCACCAAGUUCUCACCACUGGGCCCCUUAGCGAGGCCCUUAACCCUCAAUUGCACAGUUGUAUAAAAUGUAAAUCGCUUUGAAUAAUCUGCCAAAGGCUGUAUGCUAUAUCCAAAUACUGUAUAUGCCCCUUAGCCCAAAACAGUCAGAGGGUGUAAAAACACUUCAAUUACAAUUUUUAACAAACAAAUUUUCCAAACUCAUCUAUAUUCAAACUAGUCAAGCAGUUCAUCUGGGAGAAUUCAUCGAGUGCAUCUGGACCCUGUCUUUCUACACCCAUUUUCCCUACACAACAGGCAUUGGAAAUGGAUCCCGACUUCAACCGGACUACCUAUCAUUCUGACGAUGCGGAUCGAUGGAGCCAAAAUAAUUUCACCAACGUUACCUUCAUGAACGGCUCUGCACUUUAUGUAAAUCUGAAUACGGCUGCUAACCUGAUUAGCAUUUUCAUCCUUAUAGACACUAUGGUUGCUCUGGGCUGCACGAUGAAGGUGUCCAAGAUAAAGGACCACAUCAUGAAACCCAAAGGGGUGGCGAUCGCCAUACUGGCUCAGUUCGGAGUGAUGCCCCUCACAGCCUUCUCUCUUGCUAAACUCUUCCAGCUUGCUCCCAGUAAAGCCAUGGCAGUGCUGGUUUGUGGCUGCUCUCCAGGAGGGGUGCUUUCCAAUGUCCUAACCUAUGCCUUCAAGGGGGACAUGAAUCUCAGCAUCGUGAUGACGACCUGCUCGACUGUGGCAGCACUGGGAAUGAUGCCCCUUCUGCUCUUCAUUUACUGCCACGGCUUCUCCAACCCAAGUGCCGUGCCCUUCGAUAACAUCAUCCUGGCCUUGUUCUUGACUUUGUUACCAUGUGCUAUUGGCAUCUGUAUUAACCACUACAUACCCCAGUACUCCAAACUUGUCACCAGGGUUGGGCUGAUUAUGAUGCUGGUCAGUUUGAUCGUGUUUGCUAUUCUGAUCGGGAUCAUAUUAGGCGAGGCUGUCCUGACGGUCGCAGCGCCUCCACUCGUCGCCACAGCAGCACUUAUGCCACUCAUUGGAUACGGACUCGGCUACGUGCUGUCGGUCUUAUUCAGGUUUAACGGACCAUGUAGGAGGACUGUCGCUAUAGAGACGGGUUGCCAGAACAUCGUCCUGUGCUAUUCGAUCCUAAAAGUAGCCUUCGAUCCGAUGUUCAUCGGGCCGUAUUUCCUUUUCCCUUUUCUCUUGUUUUUCUUCCAAAUUCCUGAAGCGUUGCUUGUAAUCGGAAUCUUCCGAUGGUACAUGAAGCAGAAAUCUUCAGAUGAACCUUCAGCGAAUCAUCAGGACUGCUGAGUAUUUUUGGACGAGUACAAACGAAUGAAUGAUUUCAGAGCUGAGGAAGUUGAGGUUGUUGUAUUAAAGUCUACAUAUCCAAUGGAAGUAUUAUUGUUUUAGACCCAAGUUGCUCUACCUGGGUUCAGGCUUUAGUAAAGGGUGUGGGGCAACAAUAUAAACUGAUUUUCUGCUAAGUUCCAUGGGGAAUGCUAACUCAGUGGUCAAGACAUUGGACUCCAGAUUGGAAGGUUGUGAGUUCCAAGCAGUCACACUGAGCCUUGUGUGUGUGGAGUUUGCAUGUUCUCCCUGUGGCUUUGGACCGGGGGAGAAAACCGGAGGAAACCCCCAAGGCACGGUGA